AUGAGAGGAAGGAGUAAUCGAGUGAACGUUAGUGCAAAUGAUCGAGACGUGCCCAAGCACACCAGUGUGGUACCUGGCCAUCUCAAUUCCACCCCACUUCCGACCUAUGCAAACACGACGAUGGCGAUGCUUCUCGCCGAUAUCCGCACGUCAUCGUCUAGUGAUGAAUGGGCGCACGCCACUCACGAGUACCCCCACUGGUGCUUGAGUGGCCUCUUCACUCAACACACCACAUCGCAUAUAAAAGCAACUGGUUCGCGACACUCGCAUCAUCGUCACCUUUAUCACCACCUCGACGACAAUGCCAACUUCAUCGCUGCUGAGACUCCUCUGCUGUCUGGCGAUAUUGCAGGCCUCGUGUCAUGGUGGUGUGGCGAACACCGUCGCAUCUACACUGCACACACACACUCACACCCACAUGCGCACACAUCAGACACUGGACGUGUGGAAACUGGACGCUCAGACAAUCUGUCGGAAAUGCUGGCAUCACGCGCGCCAAAGGAGCUUUUGGAUGUGAAGGCGCUGGCCCUCAAUCCGUGGCAGACACUCGUGAAGGUGUGCAGUGACAGUUACCAUGCUCAGGUGAAAUUCGACGGCACGUUGAACGGCACAUUGCAUGCCAUAUACCACGUCACUCUAUUCCUCUUCAGCGGCCUACAACCCAACACCAACUACACCAGCAAAGUUAGCGUUGAGGGGGGACAAAAUCAAUUGGAAUUCAGCGUCGCCACACGCAAAGGUAGCAUUUUCACUGCCAACUUCACAUCCUACUCCACCUCCUACUUCCCUCCAUCUCACCUCACCUCACUCUGCCCCUCCCCACCUCUUCCCACCCUACACUUCCCCUCCCUUCCACCUUCCACAUUUGUGCCCUAUAAGAUCACUUUAAAGCCAGAGUCGACACAUGCUGCUGGUUCACACCACUCGUAAUUCACGUAUCCCGUGAAGCUCAGUUGUCCUCUGCCCCCGCCCGCAUUCCCCAUCUGCGAAGCCUUCACAGAGUCCGUAGUGUGGUGUGGCUGGAUUAAGCCGAUUACUAACCGGACAGUCUACGUGCACUUCGAGAUCAUCUCAGCCAAUGGCGAUUACCUCAGUACCAACCGACCCAAUCACACCUCACCGAAUGAUCCUGUCGACAUACACUUCCUGGAAAAUUUGCCCAAGGGCAAGAUAUUCCAGAUCGACUUGCAACAGUUCUACGAGGGUGGCGAGUGCAAAUCGAGGAGGGCAUCUACGAACGCCAAAACGCUACACAUGGACAACGAAAUGCUGUACUGUAAGGACCCACUGAAAGUCCCGGGCCGUUUCACGACCACCACCGAGGAAUCCACCACUGAGGAAUCCACCACUGUGGAAUACACCACUCAAACCACCACUGAAAUCACCAAUGCAGUCAUAACGGACGAACCGCCAAGCACAACGUCCACAGCCGUGGUGCCAGCAUCUCCCUCACUUAUGCUCGCCAUCCCCCCACCUCUGCUUCUCGUCACUCUCCGUCAACACUGA